CAACAUUGAAAACCAAACUAACAACAACAACCCUCUCUCUCUCUCUCUAUUUUUCAUCAUCAUCAUCAUCAUGCAGAUCGGCUCUACUCCUGCUCUCAACUCUAAUCAAUUUCAGGCGGCAUCACAAGCCAGCUUUAACAUGAAAAUGUCUCCUCUAAACCCAUUAACAAGACGUUCUUCCUCUAAUUUAACUCGAGUUCAUCUUGCUAACCUCGAAAAACUCCUCCAGAAGCCUCCUCUGCCUGAGAAACUUAGCACACAAACUGCUCGAGAGAAUGUCUCUGAGAAUAUUAGUACUGGGUCGUCCGAGAAAAGGGGGAGAAAUCUACUGGAGGGUCUGAACUUGGCCCGGAUAUGGCCUGAGAUGAGAGCAGCUGAUGAAAUGUCCCCGAGGCAUCUCAACCGGCUUCAGCAGCUGCUUACCAAGACGGGUGAGGGUGAGUAUUCACCCAGAAACAAUCUGGGCCGUCGGUGGAGAGACUAUCACGGUCGUAACGAUUGGGAAGGACUAAUAGAUCCGCUCGACGAGAAUCUUCGCCGUGAGGUUGUACGGUACGGCGAGUUCAUCCAAGCCGCUUACCGUUUCUUCCACUCGAACCCGGCCACGCCCCUCGACGAGCCCCCCAAGGCUCGACAUGUAGCGUUGCCGGACAGGACUUAUAAGGUGACCAAGAGCCUCUAUGCGACGUCGUCUGUUGGUUUGCCGAAAUGGGUCGACGACGUAGCGCCUGAUCUCGGGUGGAUGACCCAGAGAUCGAGCUGGGUCGGGUACGUCGCUGUUUGCGACGACAAGAGGGAAAUCCAACGGAUGGGGAGAAGGGAUAUCGUAAUCUCGCUUCGUGGGACCGCCACGUGUCUCGAGUGGGCGGAAAAUGUGAGGGCUCAACUGAUCCAAAUGCCUGACGAAGAAGAACAAGGCCAUGACCCGGACCUGGACCUGGAUACCCAUAGCCAUAAACACCAACCCAAAGUUGAGUGCGGAUUUUUGAGCUUGUUCAAAACACGUGGUGCUCACGUGGAGAGUUUGGCUGAGUCUGUUGUUGAAGAGAUCAAGCGCCUAAUGGAGUUAUACAAAGGUGAGCAACUAAGCAUAACGGUCACUGGCCACAGCCUAGGAGCUGCCCUGGCCUUACUAGUAGGCGAUGAACUGAGCACAUGCGCCGAGGACGUGCCGCCCAUUGCUGUCUUCUCGUUCGGCGGUCCCCGGGUGGGGAACCGUGGCUUUGCUAACCGAAUUAACGAUAAAAAUGUCAAGGUCCUAAGAAUUGUGAACUCACAAGACGUGAUCACUAGAGUUCCCGGGGCGUUUUUAGGUGAAGCCAUGAACGACGAGAAUGAAAGGAAGACAGGAGUUAUUGGGGGAGUGCUUGAAAUGUUGGAGGACAACAUGCCCUUAGCAUACUCACAUGUUGGGACAGAACUUAGGGUGGACACAAAAAUGUCACCUUAUCUUAAGCCUAAUGCGGAUAUGGCUUGUUGUCAUGAUUUAGAGGCUUACCUACAUUUAGUGGAUGGUUUUUUGGCUUCUAAUUGUCCAUUUAGAUCAAACGCUAAGCGAAGCUUGGCUAGGUUGCUUCAAGACCAAGGAUCUAAUGUGAAGAAGUUGUAUACUAGUAAGGCCAAGUCCUUGAGUUUGAAUCUUGAAAGAAAGCAGGGACUAAUGCACUUCCCUAUUAGCUUACCUAGUCCAUCUUGAAAUAAAAGUGUGACUUUAGAGAAUAAUGUGUUGCGCACAUAUAGUAUACUUAAUUUGUACAAAGAGGAAAUAUGCAUGUAUGCAUAUUUAUUAUAUAUAACUCACCCAUUAUGUGUAACUAAUUAAUGUUCACUUUUGGGGUGGUGUAAUUCUAUCAGGUAAGAUUAUGGUGUUUUAUAUAUACUACUAUAGCUUGUGUUUAUUUA